AUGGCCAAGGACAGAGGUGACAAGGAGAAGAAGGAGAAGAAGGAGAAGAAGCGAUCGGAAACUGAUGGCGUGCACAAAAAGUCCAAGAAGGAAAAGAAGAACGCAGAGCUGCUCGAGAAGGCCGUGGAACAGGAAUUGAGCUCAAAGACGCCAGAGACGGAGGUUGCUGUCCAGGAUGUCGCCAUGACCAACGGUGACGAGCGCCCUCUUGGAGCUUUGGUCCCAUUCGCAAAUCCAUUGGCCGAGGACAAGGUUGCGAAGAAGGUGUUGAAGAGCGUUAAGAAGGCUGCUGGAAACAAGUCUCUGAAGAGAGGAGUAAAGGAAGUUGUCAAGGCCGUUCGAAAGUCCCCAACCCCAUCUGCGAAUGCUGCCAUCACCACACCCACUGCUAUUGUUGUGCUGGCUGCCGAUAUAUCGCCAAUGGACGUGAUAUCCCACAUUCCAGUUCUCUGCGAGGACCACGGAAUCCCUUACAUUUAUGUUUCAUCCAGAGCCGAGCUUGGAAACGCCGGUGCAACGAAACGACCAACAAGCGUGGUUAUGGUCCUUCCCAAGGGAGGAAAGAAUAAGAAGAAAGAUGACAAGGAAUCUGAAGAUUUCUCGGCCGUAUACGAUGAGCUAGUCAAAGUUGUCCAAAAGGAAACGAAGAAGGUCAAAAUAUAA